GGGAAGGGGACCGCCGAGGAGCCAUCUUCUCAGACCACAAUGAAUGUGGAACAUGAAAUUAGCCUCUUAGUUGAGGAGAUUCGGCGGUUGGGAACCAAGAAUGCUGAUGGACGAGUGAGUGUGAAGUUUGGUGUGCUCUUUGCUGAUGAAAAGUGUGCAAACCUCUUUGAAGCCCUAGUGGGAACUCUUAAGGCUGCAAAACGACGGAAGAUUGUCACUUAUAAUGGAGAGCUGCUUUUACAAGGUGUUCAUGACAACGUUGAUAUCAUGCUGCUACAGGACUGAUGAAGUAUUUCAGCUAUGCAUCAAUGGAAUUGUUUGACACAGUGACUUGCAACAUCCUCUGAAUAAGGCUGAUCAUUCUAAAGUGUUCUGUUGUAUUUUCUAUGGCUUUAUAGUCAAAAGGAAACUGUCCUAUUUUGAAAAACAUUCCCUUUUGUAAUUCUUCCUAAAUUGGUACUGUAUGUGAGUAAGGUAAAAUAUGCCAAUCUCUCUUUUUGAAAAAAAAAACAAAAAACAUCUCAGGUAUUCUUUUCCAAUGUCUGGUGGUUAUUGUCAACAUAUGAAGAAGGAGACUGGUAAUUUAAUGUUUACAAAUCAAAACGUGCCAUGCAAUUAUAA